AAAUAUGAAAAUGUUUGUUCAGAAUGAGAUCAUUAAUUUCUCAUGGUGUAGUCUAAGGUUACUACAAUUGUUUAUUUUUCGUACAUUUUCUGUAUUUCUUCAACCAGGCUCAUUACCAAAAGGUUAGGGGGGAUUAUCCGUACAUGCACGGUGUGCGUAGACCAGAAUAUACAUCCGCUUACCAUUUCGCAAGGAAAUUUUAUUCCAAGAGCAAGAGCUUUGUGAAGAUAAUGCAGGGUGACGGGAAGUUCUCCUGUGAGAAGGACGGUAUUGUUCUUGCUCGCUACAUCAUCCAAGGAGAGGAGCUGAUAAAGGGACAUAAGACCCUGGACUUUUUCUAUUUGGUUGUAUCUAGAGGCAGCAUUCAGCAGCACGGCCGUCUUCCUGUGACCGUUAAUGAAGGAAACGUAAACCAAGGGGAGCUGACGCUCUCGCUGCAGCGAAUGCCUGAGCUGACCCCUUUAGCCCAGGUAGUGGUGUAUACCAUGCUGCCUGAUGGGGAGGCAGUAGCAGACAGUCGAUACUUCCCCAUUCACCUCUGCCUGAAAAACAAGGUAGACAACUAGGCACCUUUCGCCAGCUACAUGAGAUGACAAAAUGUCACAUCAGAGAGCCUGAGCCAUAUGGAUAUAUCGGGGCAACGUGCACGACAAUCGAUUUCCAAAAUGAUUUUGCAUCAGACUAUGAUAUAAAAUGCUUCAACUGCAACUCUUGGAUCAUCACAAAAUCAUUGGGUUUGUUUCUGUUCCUCUACACAGUACUCUAGCACUAUUAUUAUAUGUGGGCUCUGUUCCAAUAUGCACAUCAGUUUUCUACUGUACUUGAAAUGAACCAAUGUGUUGGACAUGUAUGCUAGUCGACAGUGCCUAAAGAAAGUAUUCACACCCCUUUACUUUUCCCAAAUGUUGUGUUAGACGGAAUUUUGAAUUGAUUGAUUUGAGAUUUUGUGUCACUGUGUCACGCCCUGACCUUAGAGCAUUUUUAUUCUCUAUUUUGUUAGGUCAGGGUGUGACUUGUGUGGGCAUAAUCUAUGUUUUGUAUUUCUAUGUUGGCCUGAUAUGGUUCCCAAUCAGAGGCAGCUGUCAUUCAUUGUCUCUGAUUGGGGAUCAUAUUUAGGCAGCCUUUUCCCACUGGGUUUUAGUGGGAUCUUGGUUUUGUUAGUUACUGUGUAGCCUGCAGAACUUUACGUUCAGUCUUGUAUUUUGUUGUUUUGACAGUGUUCAUUUUAAUAAAGGAAAAAUGUUUGCCUACCACUCUGCACCUUGGU